GUCGCGCAGUCACCCACGCAACCUGGCUGGCUCUCCCGCGCGGCUCGGCCGUGGAUCCCCCCAUGACGAUGUCGCAGUGGAACAAGAUCCCCGGGAACGAGAGGUGGCAGGAGCAUGUAGAGUACGUGUUUGAAGAGGUUCUGGCCGCAAGGGGGAAAGCUUGUUAGGGCUGAUGCGAAGAUUGAUGUUGUCGGGGUGGCCGAGGGGGGUUUGGCUGCUAUUCGGUACUUGUCCAUGGAUUGUGGGUAGCAUCUACCCCCUCACUUCCCAGUUUUUAUCCCCUUCCUUUUCCGUUUCGAUUGAUGAAUUGGAAAAUUUGAAGGAUUUGGAGGAUGAUGAUAGUACUGAGGAGGCUGGGGAGACUGAGGGUUGAUGGGAUGGAGUUACAUAGGCUCUUUAUUCAGGUUGGGGGAUGGGAAUUGGCUACAUGGACAGUUAACUGCUCAUUAUCAUCCUUGACCUAAGGAAUAUAUUUCCAUUC